CAUCACCAGAAGCGCCUCCACGCCCACCCGUGUUUUUUUUUAAAAAAAAAUUGGGGGCGGCGAAAACCCUCAAACCCUAAUCCCUUCGCCCCCCAUGGCGGACUCCGACGUAGCGCCGCCGCCGCCGGAAGUAGCCCCCCAGGAGCAGUCCCUGGCCGUAGAAUCCGCCCCUGCCGAGCAGGAGGCGGCCCCCGAGGGCGAGGGCGAUCACAAGAGGAAGCUCGAGGAGGUCGAUGCCGGCGCGGAGGAGAACGGCGCCGGCGGGGACGCCAAGCGUCCGCGCGCGGACGGCGAGCCCGAUGCCGCAGGGGUUGAGCAGGACAAUGAGCCAUCUGUGAAGGUGGAGGAGCCAGCGGCUGCGGAUGACAGCAAGGUUGCUCCAGCGGAGGGGGCGGCGGAUGCUGAGAAUGGUGAGGCCGCUCCUGGUACGGAUUCGCUGGUGGGUUCUGAUGAGAAGCCGAUUGAGUCCACACCAGAAGCAGCGGCUGAAGCUCCUCAGCAAGAAGGUGAUGCAUCAAGUGCCGCGCAGGAGACUUCUCGUAAAAUCGAAGUGCCCAAUAGCAAGGUCGGUGUUCUAAUAGGAAAAGCUGGUGAAACAAUCAGGAACUUGCAAACGAGCUCAGGUGCAAAGAUCCAAAUAACCAAGGAUGUCGAUGUUGACUCAAAUGCUCUGACUCGGUCGGUUGAAUUAGUUGGAACCCUUGAAAGCAUUGAUAAAGCUGAGCAGCUUAUUAAAAGUGUCAUAGCUGAGGCUGAGGCUGGUGGAUCCCCUGCUUUAAUAGCUAGAGGUUUUGGAAGUGGACAGUCAGGAUCAGAGCAGUUUGAGAUGACAGUUCCUGAUAACAAGGUUGGUCUGAUUAUUGGAAAAGGCGGUGAGACAAUUAAAAGUCUGCAAACAAGAUCCGGUGCUCGUAUUCAGUUGAUUCCCCAACAUCCUCCGGAGGGUGUUACAUUGACUGAAAGAACUGUACGUGUUACUGGGAGUAAGAAGCAGAUCGAAGUUGCAAAAGACAUGAUCAAGGAAGCUAUGAAUCAGACAUUUUCGAGGCAUGCAACCCAAUCUGGUGGAUUUGGUCAGCAGAAUUACCGCCCUCAGGGUCAUGGUGCAGCUUCUCAGUGGGCACCUCGUUCUCAAUCUCAGCCUGGCUAUGGAUACCCACCAAGAGGUAUGCCUCCACCUCAGAACUACAACCAACCCUACGGUGGCUACCCGCAGCAGCCACCACCAAGAGGUGGCAUGGGCUGGGACCAGAGGCAGGGCCCUCCACCCCAUUCUUCCCAUCAGGGUGGCGGUUAUGACUACUACAAGCAGGGAUCUCAACCAUAUGAUAGCCAGCCACCAAGCUACCCUCCUGGACCAGGGAACUACAACAGUUAUGGGCCAUCGCAGGCUCCUAGUUAUGGACAACCUCAGUAUCCACAACCUGCACCUCAACAGAACUAUGGCCAUGGAUAUGGUGAUCCUAGAUACAAUGCUCCGGUGCCAAACCAGCAGUACUAUGGGCAGCCACCAAUGGGACCCCAGCAAGGCUAUCCUCAACAGCCAGAUCCUUAUGCUAGGCCUGCAUACAGUGGACCUGGACAAUGGCCGCCCAGAGGUGCACCAGUCGCAGAUGGCACGUACCAGGCACCGCCUCCUACAUCUUACGGGCCACCAUCUCAGCAGCCUCCUGCUUAUAAUCAGACAUAUGGCGCAACGACUGGACCUGAUGGGUAUGCUCAACAGGGUUACCCACAGCAGGUUGGGCAAGCGCCCGCUCCAUAUGGUCAGAGUGCACCAGCAGCACCAGGUUAUCCUCAGCAAGGCGCACAACAAGGUGGCUAUGCUCAGUACCCGCCAACCCAACCAGCAUAUGGUGAUCAAGCAGCCCAAACCAAUGCGAACUACGGGUACCAGGGAGCUCCUGCUGAUCCCAACUAUGGAAGUGCCUACCCACAGUCAGGAUAUGGUCCUACUCCGGCAGCUGGUCAGGCUGGUUAUGCUUCUGCACCAGCAGCCGGCCAGCCUGCUUAUGGUCAGGCAGGAUACACCCAGCCACCUACAAAUCCGCCCAGUUAUGAUCAAUCUGCAGCACCACCGGCUCAGAGUGGGUAUGCUGCAGCCCCCGCAAAUCCAUAGCCUGCUGCUGCAAAGGGGGUGUCGCCACCGCAGCCUGCUGCUGGAUAUGGCGGGCAGUGGACUGCAUGAUAUUAUCAAACUUCACUGACAUCAAGAUCUUGUUGGGUAGUGUGUUCCGCCGUCCUCUGUUUGGAUCAUUUGGAUGUUUCCUAUGGACGCAAUGGGUAGUGCCUGACUUUUGUUAUCUAAAAGGGUUAGUAACCCAUCGAGUUGUUAUACCGCGUCUCUGUAGUACCUAGUAGUUGGUUAAGAUGACUUAAAACAUCCUAUUCAGUUUAGAGGAGAACCUUGUUUUAUUA